AUGAGCUCAAAAUUUGCAAACCGCAGAAAACCGCGGAAGGUCGGUGGUAAUGAUUCAGAGGAGGAGGACAGCGGUGCUGCGCCAGAGCCUGUUGUCAAGCGACCUGCCACGUCAAAAGCCAAGCCAAAAUCCAAACUGAACCUUUCCUUCGGCCCAGAUGAGCCCUCAAUGGCAGUGGAUGACGAUCAGGGAAGCGAGAUCGUCAUUCCCAAACGACAUGGCCUUGGCCGAAAAGCUAUUGAGAGAAGCGCAUUCCAACAUGAUUCAAUACAUUCGGGGGCAUCAGACGCAAUUUCUGCGCGAGUCAGCGGCGAUCAAGAUCGACCCAGCUAUAGCCGGGAGUACCUGAAACAACUCCAGGAUUCGACACCCUCUACACCAAAAACCAGCACGGACGAAGAGAAGGACAGGACAAUUGACGUAGCAGCCAAGUUUGGCGAAGUCAUGACUGUCUCGACACCAUCAGCCAUCCCCAGCGAAGCGGAAAUUCGAGAAAAGAAGGCCCGGCGUGCACGGCUCGCCCUAGAACACGGCUCUACGAAAGAGGAUGAUUUUAUCUCGCUCGAGGAUAACAUUGGCAGCGAUGAUGAUUGGGAUUUGAUAGCGAAAGGAGAGAAAAAAGCAGAGAAAGAAAGGGACACACGAAUGGUGCGCGAUGACGAGGAUUUCGCGGAAGGGUUUGAAGAGUACGUAGAGGAUGGGAAGAUCUCACUCGGACGAAAAGCGGAGCGCGAGCAACAGCGCAAGCAGCGUGAGGCAAUGCGUGAGCUUAUCGAUGAUGCGGAAGGGCUUUCAGACGAGGAAGACUCCGACGUCGAGGAGAAAGCGGCAUAUGAGGCUACCCAAACGAAAGCCGCGAUUGGUAGCGGCCGGUCUGAUGGCAUUGAGCGACCUCGCACACCUCCAAAAAUGACAUCUUUGCCCAAGCUGGCCAGUAGUCUUGAAAGACUUCGCACAACUCUGGCAUCGAUGGAGACGUCAAAGACGCAGAUGAUCAGCCGAAUGGAAGACCUGCGAAGGGAAAAGGAGGAUAUCGCCCUACGCGAGGUGGAAAUUCAAGUGCUUAUUAAGGAGGCCGGUGAAAAUUAUGAACGCCUUAAGAAAGAGGCUGGUAUUGACCCUGCCACCGACGCCGAUACAUCAGAAGGAGCGAUGGAGAAAUCGCGGGGCCUGGAAAGCAUCGGGGCGCCCAUGGCAACAUCUGACUCCAGCUCCGAGGAGUUAUGA